GCCAGAGCGGCGCGCGGGAAACCAGCGAGAGGCGGAGCGGCGCCGGAAGCCGCCUCAGGGGCACUUCCGGCGCGGCGGGGCAAGAUGGCGGCGGGCGCGGCGCUGCUGCUGCGCGGGGCCCUGGCGGGUGUUCGUGGCCGGGGGCUCCGGGUCCUGAGCACGGCCCCCCCCAAGGCCAAGGCCGCCUUCGUGAGGGACAAACCCCACCUGAACGUGGGCACCAUCGGGCACGUGGACCACGGGAAAACCACCCUGACGGCGGCCAUCACCAAAGUGCUGUCGGCGGGGGGAGGGGCGCAGUUCCGGCCCUACGAGGAGAUCGACAGCGCCCCCGAGGAGAAGGCGCGGGGCAUCACCAUCAACGCCGCCCACGUGGAGUACAGCACCCCCAGGCGGCACUACGCCCACACCGACUGCCCCGGGCACGCCGACUACGUCAAGAACAUGAUCACGGGCACCGCCCCCCUGGACGGCGUCAUCCUGGUGGUGGCCGCCACCGAUGGGCAGAUGCCGCAGACCCGGGAGCACCUGCUGCUGGCCCGACAGGUGGGGGUCCGCCACGUCGUGGUGUACCUGAACAAGGCGGACGCGGUGCCCGACCCGGAGCUGCUGCCCCUGGUGGAGCUGGAGGUGCGGGAGCUGCUGAGCGAGUUCGGCUUCGACGGCGAGAAAACACCUGUGGUGGUGGGGUCAGCGCUGUGCGCCCUGCAGGACCGAGACCCCCACCUGGGGCUGAACUCGGUGCUGCAGCUCCUCGAGGCCGUGGACUCGCACAUCCCCCAACCCCCGCGGGACCUGGAGCGGCCCUGCCUGCUGCCCAUCGAGGCCGUGCAUUCUAUACCAGGGCGUGGCACGGUGGUCACGGGCACUCUGGAGCGCGGAACUCUCCGGAAAGGCGACGAGGUCGAACUGCUGGGCUACGGCCGCCAGCUGCGGUCCGUGGUCACAGGGAUUGAGAUGUUCCACAAGAGCCUGGAGGUGGCCGAGGCCGGGGACAACCUGGGGGCGCUGCUGCGGGGGCUGCGGCGCGAGGACGUGCGCCGGGGGAUGGUGGUGGCGCAGCCGGGGACGCUGCAGCCCCAGCAGAAGGUGGAGGCGCAGGUGUACGUGCUGUCCCCGCAGGAGGGGGGGCGCCACAAACCCUUCGUGUCCCACUACGCACCUGUGAUGUUCUCGCACACCUGGGACAUCGCCUGCAGGGUCCUGCUGCCCCCCGGCAAGGAGCUGGUGAUGCCCGGCGAGGACGCCACUCUCACUCUGCUCCUCCGGCAGCCGAUGGUGCUGGAGCAGGGCCAGCGCUUCACGCUCAGGGACGGCGCCCGGACCAUCGGCACCGGGGUGGUGGCCAAGGUGCUGCCGCUGGGGGAGGGGGGACAAGGAGCUCAGCUGGGGCUGACCCCCGCCCCCAAAGGGGGGCUGACCCCGCCCCCACCCCGCCCCCCAAAGGGGGGCUGACCCCCGCCUCCACCCCCCAAAGUGGGGGCUCACGCCUCCCUCACCCACCCAAAGGGGGGCUGACCCCUCCCCCACCCCGCCCCCCAAAGGGGGCUGACCCCGCGCCCACCCCCCCAAAGUGGGCCUCACCCCUCCCCCACCCUGAGCUCGGCUGGGGCUGACCCCUCCCCCACUCACAAGGGUUUAACCCCUCCCCCAACAGGGGUCCGGCCCCUCCCCCAACAGGGGUCAGCCCCUCCCCCAACAGAGGUCGGCCCCUCCCCCAACAGGGGUCAGCCCCUCCCCCAACAGGGGUCAGCCCCUACCCUCCCAACAGGGGUCGGCCCCUCCCCCACCAGGGGUCAGCCCCUCCCCCACCAGGGGUCAGCCCCUCCCCCAACAGGGGUCAGCCCCUCCCCCCUCGCCGCAACUCAGGAAUGGCGGUGGGGGAGGGGCGAGGACCAUUCUGAGCCCUGGGGGGGGGAUGGGGGAGAAGCCGCCCCUCCCCCACCCAGUGGGGGCUGGGAGAACUUCCCCUCCCUGGGAAGGACGAUCUGUCAAUCACGGUUCUGGGGCGUGGCCGCCCGUGGCGCCUCCCCCAAUAAAGGCUCCACCUCCGUUCGUUUUUUUC